CGCUGUUUCCGGCGCCAACGUUUCAACAAAAAGCACAGCUAGCAAGCGGCAACACUCAUUAUCGACGCUCAGUCUGCAUUGUGCUCUCUCUUACCUUUUUUUCUUUUAAAUUUAUUUCAACUGUGAAAAUGCAGUCAAUUCGUGCGCCUCUUUCCCCCUUGAAGGAGAAUAAGCUAAACGCUGACCUCAACAAAAUGUCGCUGGACAAAGAAAACACGCCUCCAAGCAUGAACACGGCGCGCAUCUUGGCGUCCAAAACCGCGCGCAAAAUCUUCGCCGAGACGCCGCUCAAAGGCGCCAAGAAGAGCGUCGGAGGUGAUGAGGCGGAGCCUCUGCUGAAGGACAACCCCCGCCGCUUUGUCAUUUUCCCCAUCCAAUACCACGACAUCUGGCGCAUGUACAAGAAGGCCGAGGCGUCUUUCUGGACCGCCGAGGAGGUGGACCUGUCCAAGGACAUUCAGCACUGGGAACUUCUGAAGGAAGACGAGAGGUUUUUCAUCUCGCACGUGUUGGCUUUCUUCGCGGCCAGUGACGGGAUCGUCAACGAGAACUUGGUGGAGCGCUUCACGCAGGAGGUCCAGGUGACGGAGGCGCGCUGUUUCUACGGCUUCCAGAUCGCUAUGGAGAACAUCCACUCGGAGAUGUACAGCCUCCUCAUUGACACCUACAUCAAGGACCCCAAAGAGAGGGAAUACCUGUUCAACGCCAUCGAGACCAUGCCGUGCGUCAAGAAGAAGGCCGACUGGGCGCUCCACUGGAUCGGCAACAAGAACGCCACCUACGGUGAGCGAGUGGUGGCUUUCGCUGCGGUGGAGGGCAUCUUCUUCUCCGGAUCGUUUGCCGCCAUCUUCUGGCUGAAAAAGCGCGGCCUGAUGCCCGGACUCACCUUCUCCAAUGAACUCAUCAGCAGAGACGAGGGUCUCCACUGUGACUUUGCGUGUCUGAUGUUCAAGCACCUGGUCAACAAGCCGUCUGCCGAAACGGUGACGUCCAUCAUCAAAAACGCGGUGGCCAUAGAGCAGGAGUUCUUGACGCAAGCGCUGCCCGUCAAGCUGAUCGGGAUGAACUGCGAGCUGAUGAAGCGCUACAUCGAGUUCGUGGCCGACCGUCUGAUGAUGGAGCUCGGCUUCGCCAAGCUCUUCAAUGUGGAGAACCCCUUCGACUUCAUGGAGAACAUCUCGCUGGAGGGCAAGACCAACUUCUUUGAGAAGCGCGUGGGCGAGUACCAGAGGAUGGGCGUCAUGGCCGCCGGCGCCGACAGCGCCUUCACGCUGGACGCGGACUUCUGAACGGGCCGGAGAUAACGCGCACGUCAUCGUUUACACAUUUUGGGACGCACAAAACUUGUUUGUACAGUUUAUUUAAAUUAAUUCUUUUAAGGUUGCUCUUUGUACAUUUGUGUGAGAAUUAAAGUCUCCGUUUUAGCAGUCCUGGAAAUGUGAUUUCACAUU